AUGCCGCCCAAGCAGAACGGAGAGACUGAGCACGACCUCCAGGAUGCCGACUUCGCCAAGGCGUUCCAGGAACUCAACCGCGGCGAACAAACCGCUACCGCUCUCGAGAACCACCUUGCUGCCCUCGAAGCAAAGAUAGACGAGUUGCUCGCUGCUACUGGCCAGCAAGACCAGUCUGAAACUUCUGCACAUUCCAACGGCACGACUCGCCAUCCAAACACCCAGACAGACUCAUGA